AUGAAAUUCGUCUUACAGAAGUACUUAUACAUGCUGAGGAAAGACCGUUCCACCUGAAGAAACAUGGUAACAAGCAUUUUUUCGCAAACGGGGAAUGAGCUAUUUUUUUUGUUUUGUGUUAGUUUGCAUGAAUUCAGUGUGUGGGCAAUAAGUAGAAGAGAGAAAGAUUUGAGAGACAAAAUUAAAAAUUUACAGCUUUAUAAGCAGAAACUAGUGGAAGAAAAUAUCCCAAUAACAUAA